CUCGCUUGUUAAAACACAACAGGCCCUCUAUUGUUGUUUAAUAUUCCAAAUACAUACACUAAUUUGAGCACAUUUGACUUCAUUCACGAAGAAGGAAGAUUUGAGAGCGUUUCUAUUUGAUAAGAGACGACUGUCAAUUAUCGGCCCCUUUAAGAGCGUCUGUCGCUGUCAUUGACGAAAUUUCCUGGUGUGAAGUGAGUCUCGCUGGAUAUCAACAACAGAUUGAAACGAACCCCAAAUGAUGGUUUGCCGUUUGCAUGCGAUUCUAAUCCUUAAUAACGCUGGAAAUAACAUCUGACAGCGCAGGGAAUCGCAUCGGUAGAUCAGUAUGUGUCCGCUUGGGCAUUUUACGCCGGGUUUCUCAUCAUCGAGCUGGUAGCAGGUGGCGACGGAGCGGGGCGAAGCUCGAAUAUUCAUGCCUUCCUGUUAAUGAAACUUAAUUACGAAUUCCGUGCAAGGGUUGCCACCCGCCAUGUUAAGAUAAAGACACAGAUCUCUGUGUUGAACAUGCUAAAGCGAUUGGAUAAGAUAAGGUUCAGAGGACCGAAGCGAGAUGAGUUCCUAGGCCUUGCCGAGUCCCCCAACGCAUCUGACAGCGAAUGUAAUGAAGAUGUCCCAGUAAAACACCAGAGCUCCAUCAAAGAAACAGAAGAGCAGCGAGACCCUGCUGGUCCAGGAACCAUGUCUGCUGCUCCCAUCCAGGACUACAAGAUGAGUGAUGCUGACCGACUCAAUGAGGUCAAAGGUCACCUGGAGAUAACCUUACUGGAAAAGCACUUUCUUCAGGAGGAGUUGAGGAAGCUCCGAGAGGAGACAAAUGUCGAGACUCUGAAGCAGGAGCUGGAGAAAGAGAAAUCAAAAAGAGUCGAUCUUGAGCAGAAAAUGAAUGAAAUUCUCAGAUCCAGACUAGAAGAUUCACCACCUCCACCUCCAAAACCACAAGUCACUUCUGUCAAUGGAACAGGAGACAAACAGAAGGAGACCUUAAGCUCUCGGCUGUGGAAAUGGCUCUAUGAGCGCUUUGGUGUUUAUAUGGAAGAGUUCCGCUUUAAGCCUGAGGAAAAUACAGUCGAGACUGAGGAACCACUAAGUGCUAAAAGAUUAACUGAAAAUAUGAGACGACUCAGUGAGUGUGCUAAGCCUGUAACUAACUUCAUGAGGAACCUUUCUGCCUUAUCCAGCUGCCACUCUGUCUACACAUCAGCCAUCGCCUUUAUUAUCUAUAUGAAUGCUGCCUGGCAUGGCUGGGUUAUUCCCAUGUUUCUAUUUUUAGCCAUUCUGCGGUUAUCCUUGAAUUACCUCAUAGCAAAAGGUUGGAGGAUACAGUGGAGCAUUGUGCCUGAGGUCUCCGAACCAGUGGAACCUCCAAAGGAAGAUCUUACCGUCUCAGAGAAGUUUCAGUUAGUGUUGGAUGUUGCACAGAAAGCACAGAAUCUAUUUGGAAAGAUGGCAGAUGUAUUGGAAAAGAUUAAAAACCUGUUCAUGUGGGUGCAGCCUGAAAUCACACAGAAACUGUAUGUUGGUUUGUGGGUGGCCUUCAUCACUUCCUGUUUGCUGCCAUAUAAACUCUUGGGCUUCAUGAUUGGUGUCUAUGCCGGCAUCAAAUUCUUCAUCAUCGACUUCAUCUUCAAAAGCUGCCCCAAACUGAGGGACAAGUAUGACACACCCCACAUUGUAUGGACCAAUUUACCCACAGACCCACAACUCAAAGAGCGUAACAGUGCCACUCUGAGCAGACGGAUCCAGCCGGUGGUGGCACGUGGUAAUCAGUCGGCCGGGAUGUCAUGCGGGAUUGGCCGUGAGGAGGAAAGCGGACGGGCCUACAACACCAAAAGAGGGCCUUUUCAUGAAGUCUUCAACUUGUCAGAGAAUGAGCGCCCCCUGCCAGUGUGCGAGAACGGAUGGCGAUGUUGCUUGAUCAACAGGGACCGAAAAAUGCCAACCGACUACAUCCGCAAUGGUGUCCUCUACGUCACAGAAAAUUACCUGUGUUUUGAGAGCUCCAGCUCCCGGGCGACGUCUUCGAAGAAAAAUAAAGUCAUCAAGCUCCAAGACAUCACGGAUAUUCAGAAGUACAAAGUGUUGUCAGUAUUGCCUGGAUCUGGGAUGGGGAUCUCAAUUACAACGCCAUCCACUUUAAAGCCUCUAGUGUUUGGUGCCAUGAUUCAUCGGGACGAGGCCUUCGAUGCCAUUCACACUCAGUACAUGAAGAUCAUGAAUUCCACAACAGCUACGACAGUGACAAACCCAGAGACGUAGUCUCACCUGGAUCAACAUAUGACAUAAGGUAGUCCAUAAGACAGCCCUAACCUUAAUGUAGCACUAUCCUAAACCCCUAUACGGAGAUGAUGACUUCCAGAAGUCGUCCACCCCAUCUCCAACCCAAAAUGAAGGAAAAACCGCAAAGAAACUGUUUUUCAUAUUCUCUUUUAGAUUCUACCUGAGUAUUAGGAGGAGUAUUUUAUAUAACGUUCUCUCAAACAGUGUACUAUAAUCUUACACAAGUGUUUGUCAGGACGGGUCUUGUUUUAUACGGUUAGGGGUUCAUUGUGUGUCAGAACAGGAGCUGGUACUCCUUUGUGUCUCUUGGAGGGCUUUGUGUGAUCCUUGUGUAUAGUCAGACCAUAUAACCGUCUCUGAACUUACCGCCAUUUUCACCUAAUUGCAUCACCGCUGGCCUUGCACAAAGAAACACUGCACUUAGUGUUGCUGAGAGCUUUUAGAUGUGAUUUAGGGGGAAAAGGAACAGACUUAACCGUUAACUGAAAUCCAUAUUCGCAAAGCAGCUCGUAACUGCCAGCCACAUUGUUCCUUGGGGCGCGCCAAUUUUCUCUUCAGUAUUUGUGAUACUUGUGUUAACUAGAAACAACCUAAUAUUUUAAAGGAGUAGUGCACAUAAAAAUACAAAUUUCGCCGUUUACUCUCCCUCAUGUUGUUUUAAACUCGUAAAACACAAAAGGAGAUAUUUAGGCAGAUGUCCAAGCUGCUCUUUUCCUUACAAUGAAAAUCAAUUGUUUAGGGGAUAGUUUACCCAGAAAUGAAAAUAAUGUUACCAUUUACUCACCCUCAUGUUGUUCCAAACCAAUAUGACUUUUUUCCUUCUGUGGGAUGCAAAAGAAAAUGUUUCAGAAUGUUUAACUGUUUUUGUCCAUUCAAUGAAAGUCAAUGGGGUUCAAAUCGUUUGUAUUCUGCAGAGGAAUGUCAUACUGAAUAGUCAUUUAAGAAACUCAUGGUUUGGAAUAACAUCAGAGUGCAUAAAUAAUGACAGAAUUGUCAUUUAAUCAUUUUUUUAAAUUAAAGCACAAAAAUAUCACCAGUCUUAGCCAUAAAACGAAUGUGCACAAAUUAAGGACUGUUCAAACUAAACCAGAAUUAGCUGCUUUUGGUAAUAUAUUCUCAUUCCUCGUCAUUGAGCCCUGAGGUUAUUGAAGUAUUUAAUGCCUUUUUGAGUAUGUUGGCACUGGUUCGAGAAAUGUCUUCGUUUACUAAUAUUGUACCCCAAAAUAAGAUGUAAUUACUUAAAAAGAACCACAGACUAAUUUCUGUAAUGGAUGUAGUAUUUUAUGAUUUUUCUAAAAGUGUGCGUAGGGAACUCCAAAAUUAACAUGCUACAUAAAAGUUCUACUUCCAAAUACACUGUUUUACUCAUUUAUGCAUAACAUUUUUAUUUUGUAACUUUUGAAUAUGCAGCCUUCAAUAGCUCCUUUUGGUAUAAAAGCAGGGCUUUUCUUUCUUAAGAAAGGAGAGUUGUAUAGUAUGUCAUGAUUUUUUGGCUUAUAGGUCUCCAGCACUUUUCUUGGUUUUCUAAUUUUGAUGCAUUUCAAAAUGUGCUGUGCUAAGUUGCACUGUUGCUUUUUCAUUUGGUCUAUCCGUUUUAAGCCUAGUCUCUCACCUGUCUUAUUCUGCCUUAUUUUAUUUUGUUCUUUAGAGCAAUUUGACACUUUUU